AUGACUCAUGUUCAUGAGAAAAAUUUAAAAAUUCUUCUAGUAAUUUCAUAUGAUUUUUUAAAUUGUGAAUUAAUUAUAUUUUUUAUUAUGACUGAUACUUGGCGAGUGAAGCUCACUCAGUGUAAUCAAGCCAUGCCUCAAUGCCUUAUAUCCUGUUUUCUGGGAUGCAUAGGGAUAGCUAUUGUGCAAGUUCAAGCCUUCAACAAAAUAGAUAAACCCACUACGAUGCCAUGUAUCUGUGCAUUGGCUUGCUGCUGCUUUGGAACUGGCUACAACCGUAAAAAGCUAAGGCAUCACUAUAAGAUCAAAGGAAGCUAUUUUAUAGAUUGUAUCCUCUAUGCUCUUCCUAUUUAUUCUUGUUUAGCUGCCCAAGAAUAUGCUGAAGUUAUUAAGCGAAAAGAAAUUAGAAUAGAGUCAGAACCAGUAGUAAAAUUUAUGAUCCCACCGAUGCUUUCUCCUGAACCUCAACCUAAUCCUCCUUAUGACAGAAAGUCAGAAGCAGAUUCUGAUCAAAAAUCGUCAGUUUCAAUAACUUCCCUUUAAAAAUAAAAAAAAUUUGUAAGGUUCCGUUUUUGGUUGAAUUAACACUUUAAGCUAAAGUAAAGUUUUAUAUUUUAUAUGUAAAAUAAUAAUGUAUAUCUUAAUACUCAAUAUCAAAAAACAAAAGAUUGCAUAUAGCUGAAUCUAUUUUAAAUUAGGGCUCGGCUGAACACUAUUUUAACAAAUUAGAAAUAAAUUUUUGGAAAAAAUAUUUAAUAAAUUAACCACUUUUUAAGUUUAAAUUGGAACUAAUUAUUUUGGGGUAGAGUAAGUGAUAUUAGCUUGUCAGGAAAUGUCAAUGAAGAAGUGGAAGUCCAAAUAAUUUCUCCCAAAGAGCACACUUUUGCUGAUAAUGACCCUCUCGCUUAUAUUGAAAUGUAUCCCUUGCACUACAUGCAAAAAGAAACGGAAACUUCAAUUGAAGUAGAAAAUUCGAUGGAAAGCUAUGUGGAUUUAAUUAAGCCAGAAAUAGGAAUUUUGCCAUUGGAUGGGGAUAAUCCAAAUGUGUAUUCUUUUAAAAUAGGCUAUGGGCCAUUCUCUUUUCUUAAAGGUGAUCCCUACUACGAAGCUGGACCACCCCCGACAUAUAUGACUCUUGAAUAUUUAAAAACCCCAAAGCCUACAGCGACUAAAGAAAUUUUAUAUGGCCUUGAAGUACACAAAAAUGGAGGACUAAUUUGUGUAGAUCAGGAAGCCAUCAGCAAGCAAAAAGGAAUUAUAAAAGAAGUUAUUGGCAGCAUUAUAAAAAAUAUUGCAAGUGGCCUUGGAGCAGUCAUAAUUAAAUAUGGCGUCUUCACCUGACAUAGCCUCCGGCCAUGUAGCUUCCGAGCACAUAUUUAAUUAUAUCCGACAAGGGUUUUGCCAGCUCCAAAUAGGGCAACAAUGCUAGGUAAGCAAUUCUGGUACUGUACAGAGCCUAGCCCAUGCCCACUUUUAGAGUUGGAUUUUUCCUCAAGGGUAAGGUGGGGUUCAGACUUGGAAAGGGCAAGCCCAGCAGCGUCUACAGGGAACACCUAGACCAUUCGGGCAAUUGCCUAGCGUGAAACCGGGCGUUAAGUCCCGGGGUCUGGACUUUUACCUUUUGCCGAUAGGCGACCAGAAAAUUUCAUUUUUUGAAAUUUUUGUUUGGCCAGCCUUGACACGCAGCAGCCGCAGAAGUCCAUAGCCAGCCCACUCAACAUAUCGCCCGAAAAGGGGAGGAGAAGACGUCUUUGGGGAAAUCGGCACUUCUGAUGUCCAUGGCAGCAGGGUCUCAAGAAGAUGAAGGAAGGGGUCCGAGCUGAACAACUGCCCAGCGAAUCCUUUUCCCAGUCGAUCAAGAUGGAACCGGAGAUGGCGCAAAGCUGGUGAACCCUCAUGGGUCCUUGGUGACUGCGUUAACAAUAUGGCAGCCGCCUUCUAGUAAUAAUGUUAAUGUUAAUGGCCUUGGAGCAGUCUCAAUUUCAUUGCCAGUCCGAAUUUUUGAGCCUAGAACAGCUGGAGAGCGACUAAUCGACAAGUUUUCAUUUGCCACAAUUUUUUUGAACCAAGCUGCGCUAUUAGAUAACCCUGUAGACCGCUUCAAAAGGGUUAUGGCUUUUGCAGUCAGUGGCUUAUAUCUAGGAGCUCGCCAAGAAAAGCCUUUUAAUCCUUUGCUUGGAGAAACCGUCCAAUGCCAUUUUCCAGAUGGCACUGAAGUAUAUGUAGAGCACACUUCACAUAACCCACCAAGAGACCAUUUUGACGUCAUUGGCAAAGGAUAUAGGAUGUGGGGAUACUUAGAAUUAGACGGGACACUAAGCUUUAAUACACUUACUGGAGAAUUUAGAGGAAAUACAUUUAUUUAUUUCAAUAAUAGCGGACAAUUAGUCAAAUUUACACAGCCAAAAUUGAAAUUAGGAGGAAUGAUGACUGGAGAUAGGACACUUAAUUGGGAAGGAGAAUUUGAAUUUAAGGAUCAAAAAUCAGGGCUGUAUGGGGCUAUAAGGAUUGGAGACGAUAAGAAUAAAUGGGCGUUGAAAAAGAAAAAAAUGAGAAAAGAUGAUUUUGUUGGGAAAAUUUGGGAAUUUAAUUAUGCGGAAAGUAAGCAGGUGAAAGCGCUGGCGACUGUGACUGGGUCGUGGAUGAAGAAGUUUGUAGCUUUUGGGGAAAAAAAAGAAAAGAUCUGGCAGAUUGAUAGAGAUCUUCCUAUUAGACACAUACCAGUGGAUAUACCGUUGCCAAGUGAUUGGAGAUAUAGAGAAGAUCUAAUAUGGCUAAUUCUCUCAGUUAAAUUUUUUUUAAAAAAAUUAUUAUAUAAAUUUUAAAAAAUCCCAAAAAAUCAAAAAUUAAUUUAAAACUGGAAAAUUUGUGUGUUUAAAUGCAAGCUGUUUAAAAAUCAACAGAAUUAGCCAAAGUUUUUAUUACACUAGUUAUCACUAAUAUAUCAAAAAUAUUUUUUAUAUUUUAUUCUGUCACAGAGGUGGGCUUCUAAUCAAAAUAAAAAUUUUUUCCAGGUACGAAGGGUGGUAUUAAGCAAAAAGAAUUUAGAUUAUGCUUCGCAUUGGAAAGGUAGAAUUGAAGCUAGACAAAGAGCAGAUCGUGCGCUAAGAACUGAGCGCUUAUUGAGAAGCUGGCUGUAAUUCUGCAAGGACUAUAUCCGCCCGCACGCUCCCUUUGCCUAUUUGCCUUUCUAACAGCGGCUGCUCUUAUAGACGAGGUUCUGCACUUGCUCCCCAGUAGCUGAGUGAGCUUGUUCAUCGUACAGCAUGCCAACAGGGUUGUCCACAAUUGAAAAUGGGUUGAAUUUUCUGGCUGAUAUCGGCCAAAAAGGAAAUUCAAGCCCAGGGAUAACUCCUGGUAUCACGCUGGGGAGCAAUCCUUAUUGGCCAGGAUGAACACCCCUAACACUGCUGAGAUAACCUUUUCCAACUCUCAGACCCAUUUACCACUGAUGUUAAUUAGCCCGGAUUUGGAUUAAUGCUUGCGAUCGGUUAAUUCGACAUUGCGCUUUACCAAGCCAGGAAAAACUGGCUAAAUACGCAUUCCCAAGCUUCAUCCUCAAGAUCCCUACAUGCCAGCUACAGGAGUUUAGAGGGUGGGUUGGUUCGUCACUCCAUUUUAAUAUAUGCUAAAAGCUGAGCGCUUAAAAAAAGAAAUAA